ACCCAUUUUAUCCCACUGUACUGUGUGCGCACUCUUUGUUUUUUUUUUCGCUCGGGGUGCAUCGCUCUGUGGAACCUGCAUAUAGCAACAUUUACUUUUAAAUAUGAAGUGAUUUUACAAUCCUACUCAGACGCAGAGAGAACUGUUUUUAAUUGGUGUUUUUAGCAAAUAGGCAAAAGUGAACGUGGAGUGCAACUGCAGUUACAUAAAAUCGAGUUACUGUAACUGCACUUUUACAACAAUCGAGCGCCAGGAAGCGGACUCCAGCCAUGGGUCAGAUCAUGGGAUCUAUGCAGAGCAAUGUGGCCGAGGUGUUUAGCAACCGACGGAAGCGGAAGCGCAGCACGGACUCGACUCUCGGUCAGGAAGAGCAGGCGCAGCUGGGUACCACGCUGGCCAAGAAAAAGAAACUGCUGACGACCACGCAAUACAUUUACAAGGCCCUGUUCAAGGAGGAAAAGAACUCGGAUGUGGCCGUGAUGGUGCUGGACAAGGUGUGGCACCUGCACAAGGUGUACUUGAGUCAGAGUCCCUACUUCUACACGAUGUUCAAUGGGACGUGGAAGGAGGCGCAACAGAACUUUGUACAAAUCACCAUCCCCGACGAUCGCAUCAACGUGGAGAGCCUGGACGCGGUGUUCGGCUCCAUGUACUCGGACGAGAUCGAGAUAGAUCCAAAGGAUGUGAUACCAGUGCUGGCCACGGCCACGCUAUUCCACCUGGACGGCAUCAUCGACAAGUGUUCCGAGGUGAUGGUAGACACCAUCAAUGCGGAGACGGCCAUUCACUACUACGAGGCGGCCUGCCAGUACGGAGUGGUGGGGGUGAAGAAGUCCACCUUCCAGUGGUUCCAGAUCAACCUACUCAGCAUUUACAGCAAGCAACCGAACCUGUUGCGGCACAUCUCCAUAGAUCUGAUGACCGCCCUGACUGCCAGCCAAGACCUCUACGUGAUGCAGACAGAGUUCUCCCUGUACACACUGCUGCGCACGUGGAUGUUUCUGCGCCUGCACCCUGAACACGAUCCCGAAGACCCAGUGCAGCGGGCUGAGGCGCAGAGGACGCAGGAUCAACUGGUCAACGCUGGCGUAGAUACGCACACACCAAGCAUGGAUGUUGCCCAGUGGAAAUACUUCACCAGCCGGAUGGAAGAACGCUCCUUUCUGGCCACGCCCGAGGGACAGCCCUUUGUUCCAGUCUUCCAGAAGCUCCGCACUCAGUACCUCACGAACCACUAUAUGGAUUUGAAAAUCAUCUAUAACGACAACAUAAUACCCAAGGAGUGGCUAUACAGCCACAUCCACAGUCACUGGGACGCCCUGUUAAGGAUCGAUCACGGCCAAGAGGACAGUAGUCCGCAACAGUUGGACGACGACCAGUUCUUCGAGAACUGUAUGCGCUGUGGUCGCCUUCUGACCGAGCCGGGGUACCAGAAGUGGCGCUGGACGGGCUUUAAUUUCGGCAUGGAUCUCAUACUCAUCAUGGACUCGCGCAGACUGAACAUUCGGCGCCACCACCGGCACGAGCACGAGCGAGUCCUGAGCCUCCAGACCAAGCGCAAAUUCAUGAUCCGCACCACUGUCACUUCGAUCAAUGCUCAACGCCAGCCGGUGUUUACACAAACCUCAGAGAUCUGCUCGCUGAGUCUUGAGAAGAACGAGGAGGUGCCGCUGAUGGUUCUCGACCCGAAGCUGGUCCAUCCGCUGCUCAUAUCCAUUAACUUGCUCGUAGUCAUGCCGCCCAAUCAGAGCUUCAAGGAAGUUGUGCCGCUCAGCGAGGAGCCAACGUCGGCGACGUCGUUUUCCAUACCCAUUUCGGAGAUUGGCGCCACUUGCGAGAGACCGCUGACUCCGGCCAGUGCCGAUGAUUCGGCGGUCUACAUUGGCGAUUCGGAGGCAUCGACGCCGACGUCCCCGUCACCGCGGCGAAGAAUAACUUGGCCCCGAGAGAUCGCUGUCUCCAGCGAGGCUGACGCACUGUUUGGCGACAUGGCGUGCUGAGCGCGUACAUUCUCCAAUUGCAAUAUCGCCAUCAUAAGCACAACUACAUACCACCAUUUCCUGUUCAUGGGCUCGCACUGGCCGAGUCUCGUUUUAGAUGUAAUUGUAAAUUCGUUAUCUAAUAGUUUCUCUUACGAUUAAGAUUAUCGUGUAACUUGAUACACACGUUUGUAAAUUAAGUUACGGUACAGCACACCGAAGAUCGUUCUAUAUCUGGAAUCUAUAUUUUUGUAUAUCGUUUACAUUACAACCUACAUGUAAUAAUUAAUUAUGUAAAUCUACUCGUUGGAGUAGUCUGGAAUCGUUAGUGCUCUCGCACAUCCAUGCUGCAUCUUGUAAUUUAUACAUUCACACAUACUUAUUACUCACUCAAAAAUUAUCUACUUGUUAAGCUAACGAGUAAGUAAGGCGGCAACGUAACUAAGAUUAAAGCGUAUUCGGAUUA